AUGGGUGCUGGUGUGAGAUGUGAGACCCCUGGGUCAGAGACAAACAAUCAUUUCUUGCAGUACAGCAAGCUGCAUGCGUACCAGCAUAUUGGCAUCAGUGCCAUUGUCAGACAUGAAGUUAUUGGAGCCUGUUUGAAUUUUCUGAAGUUGUGCAAGAUAAAAUAUUACAAUUAUUGCCUUAUUCACAAUGUACAGAGGGACUUUAUCAUCCAAACUGGUGAUCCUACAGGGACUGGCCGUGGAGGAGAGUCUGUUUUUGGUCAACUGUAUGGUGAUCAAGCAAGGUUUUUCGAUGCAGAAAAAGUACCAAGAAUUAAGCACAAGAAGAAAGGCACUGUGUCCAUGGUGAACAAUGGCAGUGAUCAGCAUGGAUCUCAGUUUCUUAUUACUACAGGAGAUAAUCUAGAUUACCUUGAUGGUGUUCAUACAGUGUUUGGUGAGGUGACAGAAGGCAUGGACAUAAUUAAGAAAAUUAAUGAGACCUUUGUUGACAAGGAUUUUGUACCAUAUCAAGAUAUCAGGAUUAAUCAUACAGUGAUUUUAGAUGAUCCAUUUGAUGACCCUCCGGAUUUAUUAAUUCCUGAUCGAUCACCAGAACCUACUAGGGAACAACUAGAUAGUGGUCGAAUAGGAGCAGAUGAAGAAAUUGAUGAUUUCAAAGGAAGAUCAGCUGAAGAAGUAGAAGAAAUAAAGGCAGAAAAAGAGGCCAAAACUCAAGCUAUUUUAUUAGAAAUGGUGGGAGACCUACCUGAUGCAGAUAUUAAACCUCCAGAAAAUGUUCUGUUUGUGUGUAAAUUGAAUCCAGUGACCACAGAUGAGGAUUUGGAGAUAAUAUUCUCAAGAUUUGGGCCAAUAAGAAGUUGUGAAGUUAUUCGAGAUUGGAAGACAGGAGAAUCCCUCUGUUAUGCUUUUAUUGAAUUUGAAAAGGAAGAAGAUUGUGAGAAAGCAUUCUUCAAAAUGGACAAUGUGCUUAUAGAUGACAGAAGAAUACAUGUGGAUUUUAGCCAGUCUGUUGCAAAGGUUAAAUGGAAAGGAAAAGGUGGAAGAUAUACCAAGAGUGAUUUCAAAGAGUAUGAAAAGGAACAGGAUAAAUCAUCUAAUUUGGUUCUGAAAGAUAAAGUAAAGCCCAAACAGGAUGCAAAGUAUGAUCUUAUAUUAGAGGAGCAGUCAGAAGACUCAAAAUCAAGUCACUCACACACAAGUAAAAAACACAAGAAGAAAACCCGUCACUGCUCUGAAGAAAAAGAAGAUGAGAACUACAUGCCAAUCAAAAAUACUAAUCAGGAUAUCUACAGAGAAAUGGGGUUCGGUCACUAUGAAGAAGAAGAAAGCUGUUGGGAGAAACAAAAGAAUGAAAAGAAGGACCGACCUCAAAACCGAAGUCGUAGCCGAUCUCGAGAAAGGGAUGGUCACUACAGUAAUAGCCACAAAUCCAAAUACCAAACAGAUCCCUAUGAAAGAGAAAGGAAUAAAAAGAGAGACCGAAGCAGGAGUCCCAGGAAAUCCAAAGAUAAAGAAAAAUCGAAGUACAGAUGAAACAUGAAGAAUCAGACAUGGGUGGCUAAAAUACUUACUCUUGUCUAACUUAGAGUGAUAGAUGUUCAGAUUUUGUCUCAAAACAGUUAAAGACUCCACUUGGUUUUUUCCUGUAUUCUGAGUGUCCCCCUUAUAGAUUAAUACUGAUUGUGUGGGGCACAGAAAGACAAUAAAGAAUUGAACAUUUUCUUUGUAUAUUUUUUUACACUAAUUUUAUUGUUAAACAUAAAUAGUAGUCUUCAUUUUUCAAGUCUUUCACAUUUUCCACUUUUUAAAAAUGAAGUAUUUCAUACAUAAAAAACACACACAUGUAUAUAUGAGGAUUAAAAAUAAUUAUCUUUGUACCUAUCAGCUAGCUUAGGAAAUGAAUAUUACCUGCAUUUUGGUAAUAUUGGUAAAGUCCCUCAUGUGCCCUCUCCUUCUCAAGUAAUUAUUAUGAAUUUUGUGUUUGUUAUUCUCUCAUUUGUUCUAGUUUUACAAUAUAUGUAUCCCUAGAUGAAAUGUUAAGUUUUGUAUGUUUUUGAAUUUUAUAUAAAUGGCAUAAUGU